GUGUGGAGGUCUGUAAGUUGAACCAUCAUUUGCUCUUAUGAAAGACACUUUUUCUUUUUAAAGUAAAGAAGCGAGGAUGUGUUCAAGCGCCGUGCUACCCGUGCUGCUGGCGGUGCUGCUGUGCGGCGGACAAGGCUGGGCCAUCAGCUCCAUGGACCCGGACUGGCCGGGCGAGGGCAAAUGUCAACACGUCAGCAUCCCCCUGUGCAAGGACAUCGGCUACAACAUGACUCGCAUGCCCAACUUGAUGGGCCACGACAGCCAGAAAGAAGCCGCCAUGAAGCUGCAGGAGUUCGCCACGCUGAUCCAGUUCGGAUGCCACGGCCACCUGAAGUUCUUCCUUUGUUCCCUCUACGCCCCCAUGUGCACCGAGCAGGUGUCCAACCCCAUCCCGGCAUGCAGGGUCAUGUGCGAGCAGGUCAAAGCCAAGUGCCUGCCCAUUCUGGAGCAGUUCAACUUCCCCUGGCCCGACUCCCUGGACUGCGCCCGGCUGCCCACCAAAAACGACCCCAACAACCUGUGCAUGGAGGCGCCCAACAACGGCUCGGACGAGCCCCCCAAGGUGUCCCACACCCGGCCGCCGGACUUCAGGCUGCAACCCCCGCUGAGCGGGCAGGAGCUGCACUCGCGGGACCCGGACGUCAAGCCCAAGUGCGACAACCCCGGCAAGUUCCACCACGUGGAGAAAAGCCAGUCGUGCGCCCCCAAGUGUCACCCCAGAGUGGACGUGUACUGGAGCCAGGGGGACAAGCGCUUCUCCCUGGUGUGGAUCGCCGUCUGGUCCAUCCUGUGCUUCGUCUCCAGCGCCUUCACCGUGCUCACCUUCCUCGUCGACCCCCAGCGCUUCAAAUACCCGGAGAGGCCCAUCAUCUUCCUCUCCAUGUCCUACUGCGUCUACUCGGUGGGCUACCUCGUCCGUCUCUUCGUGGGCGCCGACAGCAUCGCCUGCGACCGGGACGACGGCGUCCAGUACGUCAUCCAGGAGGGCCUGGAGAGCACCGGCUGCACCAUCGUGUUCCUCAUCCUGUAUUAUUUCGGCAUGGCCAGCUCCCUUUGGUGGGUCGUGCUCACCCUCACAUGGUUCCUGGCGGCGGGGAAGAAGUGGGGCCACGAGGCCAUCGAGGCCAACAGCAGCUACUUCCACCUGGCGGCGUGGGCCGUCCCGGCGGUGAAGACCAUCAUGAUCCUGGUGAUGAGGAAGGUGGCGGGGGACGAGCUGACGGGCGUCUGCUACGUGGGCAGCAUGGACGUGAAAGCCCUCACCGGCUUCGUGCUCAUCCCGCUCUCCUGCUACCUGGUCGCCGGCACCUCCUUCCUCCUCUCGGGCUUCGUGGCCCUCUUCAACAUCAGGAAGAUCAUGAAAACCGAAGGGGAGAACACGGACAAGCUGGAGAAGCUGAUGGUGCGCAUCGGGGUCUUCUCCGUGCUCUACACCGUCCCCGCCACCUGCGUCAUCGCCUGCUAUUUCUACGAGCGCCUCAACAUGGACCACUGGCGCACGCUGGCGGGGAAGGCCACGUGCAAGGGCGGCGGCGGCGGCGGCGAGUCCGAGUGCCUCAUGGACGCGUCCAUCCCCGCCGUGGAGGUCUUCAUGGUGAAGAUCUUCAUGCUGCUGGUGGUGGGCAUCACCAGCGGCAUGUGGAUCUGGACCUCCAAGACCUUGCAGUCGUGGCAGAACGUGUUCAGCAGGAAGCUGAAGAAGAGGACGAGGAGGAAGGCGAGCAGCGUGUUCACCAGCAGCCAGGCCUACAUCAAACCUCACCUGUCCCUCAAAGGGCACGCCAGCAAGUACGAACCCACACGGCCCCCUCCCACGUGCGUAUGAACACUUACGAAGCCCUUACGUUUUUUUUUUUUAUUCAUCGCCGUUUAUUUAUGCGACAUGUUUCCUUUUUUUUUUUAUCUCGUGCAACAAGAGCUGCCUUUUGUUCCAAAACAAAUCUGGAUUGAG